AUGGCUACUGCGUUAUAUACUGCAAACGAUUUCAUAUUAAUCUCGUUGCCUCAAAAUGCUCAACCUGUUACCGCCCCUGGCUCCAAAACUGAUUCAUGGUUCAAUGAGACCUUAAUCGGGGGUAGGGCAUUUGUUUCUGAUUUCAAAAUUCCCGAAUUCAAAAUUGGCUCUUUAGACACAUUGAUAGUUGAAUCGGAAGAACUGUCUAAAGUAGAUAACCAAAUUGGGGCUUCUAUUGGCAAAAUCAUUGAAAUUCUUCAAGGCCUCAACGAGACCAGCACCAAUGCUUACAGGACUUUACCUAUCAAUAAUAUGCCAGUUCCUGAAUACUUGGAAAAUUUUCAAUGGCAAACCAGAAAGUUCAAGUUAGAUAAGUCUAUCAAAGAUUUGAUAACAUUGAUUUCUAAUGAAUCUUCUCAAUUAGACGCCGACGUCAGAGCUACUUAUGCAAAUUACAACAGCGCUAAAACUAACUUGGCUGCUGCUGAGAGAAAGAAGACGGGUGACCUUUCUGUCAGAUCCUUGCAUGAUAUUGUCAAGCCCGAAGACUUCGUUCUUAAUUCUGAACAUUUAACUACUGUUCUAGUAGCAGUUCCCAAAAGUUUAAAAUCCGAUUUCGAAAAAUCGUACGAAACUUUAUCCAAGAACGUUGUACCAGCAUCUGCCAGCGUGAUUGCAGAGGAUGCUGAGUAUGUUUUGUUCAAUGUUCAUUUGUUCAAGAAAAACGUUCAAGAAUUCACAACAGCUGCUAGAGAGAAGAAAUUCAUUCCUCGUGAAUUUAACUACUCGGAGGAAUUAAUUGACCAGUUGAAAAAAGAGCAUGACUCUGCUGCCAGUUUAGAACAAUCUUUGCGCGUCCAGUUGGUAAGAUUGGCCAAGACAGCUUAUGUCGAUGUUUUUAUAAAUUGGUUCCACAUCAAGGCCUUGAGAGUUUACGUGGAAUCUGUUUUGCGUUACGGGUUGCCACCUCACUUUAACAUCAAGAUUAUAGCUGUCCCACCAAAGAAUCUCUCUAAAUGCAAGUCUGAAUUAAUUGAUGCUUUUGGAUUUCUUGGUGGCAAUGCCUUCAUGAAGGAUAAAAAAGGGAAAAUUAACAAGCAAGAUACUUCUCUUCACCAAUAUGCUUCUCUUGUCGACACAGAGUAUGAACCAUUUGUGAUGUAUAUAAUCAAUUUAUAA